AUGAUGGAUAGAGGUAGAACCAAUGCAAGACGAAAUAACGAUGUGAUGAAUGCCUUGAGGGAAGGAAAUGUGAAAAAUGAUAAUCUAGAUGAUCAUCAAUUUUGGACUAAUAUUGAUAAUCAGUAUUUUUCGAAUUUUGAUCGAAGAUUAAUUUCAGCUUUUGAAGAUCAUAUAAAAUGCACAGAUUAUAUAUGUAACAAAAUAAAAAAGAAAAAAAUUAACAAAAAAUUAUUUCAAAGUAUUAACUGUUAUAAAAGUACAGUAAAAAUAAAAUUAAACGCAAAUGAGAAAAAUGGACUCACGAGUAUUUCGGAUUACCGUUCGCAUAAUAAACAUAGCCUUUUUAGAAAUAUAGAGCAGGAUAGAAAAUAUGAAAGCUGUAAUAAUAGUGGCGUUAACAACAGAGGAGUUAACAAUGGCGGCGACAAUAACAACAGUAAUAACAGUAACCUCCGUAACAGCAGCAAUAAUAAUGGCCAUAUUGGAAAUUUGUUGCAAGAUAUUAAAAAAAAUAUGAAAAAUGAUGAGACGUUGUUGGACGCAAGUAAUAAUAAAUAUAAUCCAAACGAAAUUGAUAGAAGAAUAAUUAACAGUGAGAAAAGUUCAGUAACAAUGGAUGAUAGAAAAAGUAUAAUAGAAUUUAUGCCAAUGGCAAAAAAUGAAUUAUUACUUAAUACAUUACAUCAUUUAAAUUUAAGAAAUGAACAUCCAGCAAAUUAUUCUUUUAAUGUUAAUAAAAAUUUAAAUUUUUUUCAUAUGAAUAAUAAAGAUGAAAAAUUAAGCCAAAGAAUCUAUCACCAGAUGUAUAAUAGUAACAGUAAUUAUAACAACAUUGAUAGUAAUGCGCUCGAAAGUAUGAAAAUUAGAAACAUCAGUAAUAUUGAAUAUAUAGAGUACAUGAAUAGAGGCUUUAACAAUGUUAGCGACCUUAGCCAUGUUAGUGGCUUUAAUAAUGUUAGUGGCUUCAAUAAUGUUAGCGGCUUUAAUAAUACUGGUGGCUUCAAUAAUGUUGGUGGCUUUAACACUGUUAAUAGAUUUAACAAUGUUGGCAAUAUUAACAAUUCUAGCGGUUUCAAUACUGUUGGCGGUUUUUAUAGCGCUAGGGGCUUCAGCAAUUCUAGAGGCUUUAACAAUUACAACCUCAACGAUUUUAACCACAUUAACAGCUUGAACAAUCCUUUUAUGAAUACUUGUGAUGACACAAAUAAUCUGAACAAUACUGGUAAUUUAAAAUACCCAAAUGUAUAUGUUAACAACAUAAUAAAUCGAAAUAAUACGAUCAGUCCACAUAUAAAUUUUAGUAAUAACAAUGUAUUAAAUAAUACUAUGAACAAGAAUAAUCUCAAAGGCAAUAAUGCUCUUGUUGAAUGUAAAAAAAAAAAGAAGAGUGAUGUAUCUAAUGAUGCAUCUUCAACUCGAAGUGGAGUAACAAAUGUUAUUGCCACCAUAAACGAGGGAAAAAUAAACAAAGCAAAGAAUAACAACGAUAUUAAAGAACACGGUGAAGAUAAACCUAUAAUGGAAUCGAACAAUUCAACUAAGUUGAAUGAGUCAAAAGGAGAAUUUAACGGUAAAUAUAUUAACGUUUGUAAUAUUACGUCCGGAACUAAUAAUAACAGUGUAGGCAAUACAAAUAUUAGUGCAGUUGGUAAUACCAUCAACUGCAACGUUGGCAGCAACGUCAGCGGUAAUGUUAGCGACAAUGUCAGCGGCAAAGAUUCUAGCGGAUGCAAAAAUGAAACAGGUGCUUUAGGAAACAAAUUAAACAGCACGAACAAACCCGGUAUCUUAGUUAACAAUUCAUUAAGUAGGGAUCCCUAUGCGUCUAUAAAUUGUAACGAGUUAGGAGAUUACAUGAAAAGUCAAGUUACUACUUAUAAUUCAAAUAAUUUUUGUGAAGCGGUCAAUAUCAGUUAUGACGUUAUGAAUAAUGGUAGUAAUAAUAUUGGUCUUUUUUCCAAUGCUGGCAAUUUUUGCAGUGUAGAUCAUUUUGGAAAUAUUGAUCAUGUUACUAAUUUUGGUAGUACCUCCAUCCCUAGUCGUAAUAGCUGUUUCAAUAACAUUACUAAUGGUAAUAACAUUAAUAAUAUUAAUAGUAGUAAUAAUACUAUUAGGAGCAAUAAUAUCUCCUUUAACAAAUCCAACCCGAACUUCAGUAGUAACAGUCACCCGCAUCUGAGCAAUGUUUCUGAUCGUAAGUUGAACAAACAGAUGAAUAUGUACCCUAGUGAGAUGAACGAUUUGAAUCAAACCAUAUUUUUUUCGCAAAAUGGGGAUUCCGAGGUGUACUUAGAUUGUAAGGGAAGCCCAAACAAAAGAAGUAGUAAUAGAAGUGGUAGAAGUAGGAGUAGAAGUAGCAAAAAUGACAACACCACUAACGGGAACAGCGUGAAUAACAAUCGCAGUAGCAGUGAUCGUAAUAGUAACGUUCGAAGUAGCAGAAUUCGUAGUGAUAUUGGUGGCUAUAUGUACAAAAAGGAAGAAGGGGAAGAUGGGGAAGACCUCCCCUAUAUAGUCGCUAAUAUGCAAAAUAGGAAAAAUAUUUUAAAUUUUGAAAAGUUUUGCAUGAACAACAACUUUAGCAAUGGAACAGUCCAUCCCUAUCAUCCAUUUUUUUCUUUUAACAACGUGAAUAAUAAAUAUGACCUUCAAAAUUAUAACCCACAAAAUUACCAUUUUCCUGGUAAUAAUAUUUAUAAUAAUAGUAAUAGUAAUAGUAAUAAUAAUAGUAAUAGUAAUAAUAAUAGUAAUAGUAAUAAUAAUAGUAAUAGUAAUAUUAACAGAAGUAGUAAUAGAAAUAAUAACACAAAUCAGAUGCACUUGAACAACGAAAUGGCAAAUUACAAAAAUGAAUUGUGGUAUAUUAAUAAACAUCUCAUGUUACAAAAUACACAGUUGUAUGGAAAGGACAUAUACAAUACUCAGGAUAUGAUAAAUAAUUAUGAAAACAUGUUGUUACAUGAUGACAUGAACAACAGUGAUGUUAAUAAUAAUUCGUCAUCUAACCCAAAAAACCAAAAUCCAUCUUCGAAAAAAAAGAAAGAGGGAAAGAUGAAAAAAAAUUUAGAAUAUGAUGAUAAUUAUAAAUGUCAUUUGGAUAAGUUUAAUUCAAGGGCAAACAGAAAUACUAAGCAAGAUAACGGUUUUUUUAACCCCUUUUUGAACAAAAAAUAUGAUGGUAUUGGUAAACUUCCCUAUAUACAGAAUAAACCUGUACCAAGUGGUUUUCAUAUUUCUAUUUAUAUUCCUAAGAAUUAUGAUUUUAAACCAAAGAUAGUAAACAACCAAGAUAAUAACCAUGUUAAGAGUAGUAUUAGAAGUAGUAGUUGUAGUAACAGUAGUAGUAAUAAUAACAAUAAUAUUUCAAGUGGCGGAAAUACAUAUGAAAACAAUAUGAGAUGCAAUGAUAAUAACACUUGUUAUAGCCAUAAUGAAAAUGUAACCCAUGAUAGCUGCUCUGAGGAAAGGGAACAAACAUUCAAUGAAGAAGACGAUAUGCAUGAAAAAGAAAUGUUAGCAAAACUGUUGACAGAAAUUACUUUUGGUGAUAAAAGAAAUAUUCUGAACCCUAAAAUGUCUACGGAGGAUAAAGAAAAGUGUUAUAAGGUAAUUUUAGAUGAACUCAAAAAUUACAAUUCGUUGCCAAUAAUUUUAGGCAAUAUUUUACCCUAUUGGAAAGAGCAAAAGAAUAAAAAUCUCCUGUACAAAGUAAGAAACUUGAAGCUGAGCAAUUCUAAAUCUAGAUAUAUACACAUAAAAAAUAUAAAUAAACAAUUAGCAUGCAAAAAGGUUAAGACCAAAAAGAAAAGUUUGAAUAUUCUUAAUGAGCAAAAUAGGAAACUAAGGAAAAAAAAAAAAAUAUUGCUCACUGAUGUUGAUUAUGUAGUACCAUCAAAACAAAAAGUACAAAAGAUAGAGGUAAUCGUAGAGGAGAAGAACAAUAAAACAGAUGAAGCACGUAAAGAGGAGGAACAAAUUGUAAAAGAAGUAGAUAAUCUAAAUAAAACCGAUGAUAAAUUUACGGGGGACAGUUAUGUCUUCAAUGUCAAUGGAAAUAGCUCAGAACUGACAGUUGCUGAAUCGAAAAAAGUGAAUAAUGAAAGGAAGGUAGAUGGACUUGCUAAUAAUUUGGGCAUUGGACACGUAAGGGAAGAACUGAACGAAGUGAAAAUGAAUGAAGUGGAAGAAGCGAAUGAAGUGGAAGAAGCGAAUGAAGCGAAAGAAGCGAAUGAAGCGAAAGAAGCGAAUGAAGCGAAAGAAGCGAAAGAAGGGAUAGAAGCGUUAGAAGCGACAGAAGUGAAAGAAACAAAAGAAGCGACAGAAGUGAAAGAAACGAAAGAGGUGAGAAGGUCAGAUUUUUUCAACUCAGAAAAAGACCAAAUGUUGCAGUUAGAGUUAAGUGAAGAAAUAAGAAUAGGAACACAACAACAAAAGAGCACACUUGGAAGUUCCCUAAAUGAUAGAACGAAUAAUCAAUUGGAUGAAAAAAGUAAUCAACAUCGUCCAAUGGACAUGUGUGAAAAGAACGUAUCUGCUUUGUACAUAGUGAAGGGGGAAGAAGUGCAUAAAGAUGAUACAAAAGGUAUGCAGAGUAGUGAAGGGGGGAGGAAAAAAGAUUUACAAAAAGAAGAAAAAUCUAUGAACAAUAUAGAUGAUAAUAAGAACAAAAAUCAAAUAUUCACUGAUGAAGCAAAGGACAUUGAUGGGAAGAAAAAACAUCUAAGUGUUUACAAAGAAAAUCAAAGAAAUGAGAAAUAUGACAAAAAAUUAUUUUUAAAAAAACAAAGUCAGUUUUAUAAAUUUCAUUACUUAAAGAAUUUUAAAUUUGCUAUUCCGAACAAAGCAACUAUCCCCUUUAAUAAUUCCAUUUUUUCCUUACAAAGAAAUCAAUAUAAAUCAAAUGUGUAUUUUGAGUUUAUACUGACAAAUAUUAACCUAGGUAGAUAUAGAAGGAAUAUUCUGAACGUAAAUUACAAUAGUUGUAACUCAAUUACGAAGAAUAGGACACAUAUGCAUUGUAUAAAUUUUAAUAAGUUAAAAAAUCAUAAGAGGAAAAAUGGUAAAAGGGAUAAUAAUGCAUUGAUAUCAGGUGAUAUGUCGUCUCCUGUACAUAAUCCAAUGCUUAGCCCUGUACAUAAUCCAAUGCUUAGCCCUGUACAUAAUCCAAUGCUUAGCCCUGUACAUAAUCCAAUGCUUAGCCCUGUGCAUAAUCCAAUGCUUAGCCCUGUGCAUAAUCCAAUGCUUAGCCCUGUACAUAAUCCAAUGCUUAGCCCUGUACAUAAUCCAAUGCUUAGCCCUGUACAUAAUCCAAUGCUUAGCCCUGUGCAUAAUCCAAUGCUUAACCCUGUACAUAAUCCAAUGCUUAACCCUGUACAUAAUCCAAUGCUUAACCCUGUACAUAAUCCAAUGCUUAACGCUGCACAUAAUCCAAUGAUUAGCCCUGUACAUAAUUCAUUGCUUAACCUUAUGCAUAAUCCUCUGCAUAACACUGUGCUUAAAGACAAGACGCACCAAUCACCAGAACAGAACAGCAGCAAUAAUAAUGAUAUGAAUGGAGAUGUAAUUAAGGAUAUAUCGAAUAUAGACUCUAUUGCAAUUGCUGUUGAAAAGGAAACUUCUGAAAAUUUUACAGAGGAUAGGAGCAGCAGUAAGAAUAUGAAUGAUUGUAAUGGUGUUGAUGAUGGUAAUACCACUAAUUUUGCUAAUGCCGCUAAUUCCCAUAACAGUGGUAAUAAUAAUAGUAGGAACCUUACCGUGUAUGUGCAGGGGAAGGAAAGCAAAACAAAUGUUGAUGACAAAAAGAAGCUGCUAAGUGUUGGAAGUAUAACGAAUACGGAUAAAGUAAAUAUUAAGAAUACAAAUAAUAUUAAGAAUAUUAAUAAAGAAAUAUGUGUUUUAUUUUCUCGUUAUGUACAUAAUAUAAAAGAACAAAAAAAAAUUAUAAGAAAAUUAUUAGAAAAUAUAAAGAGCGAAAAAAAGAAACCAUACCAAUAUUGGUAUUCUGUGGAAGAUAAGAUGAUUAACUUUUAUAUAAAUGAAUAUCUAAAGAACAAAUUAAAUACAAAACAUACAUAUACAUUAUCAAAACAAAUAAUAGACUUAUUAAAAAUACGAAUUCUAGUAAAUAAUAGUUCUCAUUUGCCUAAUAGUUGGACAGAAAAGGCUUUGUGUAAUAUUUGCAGUCAAGGAGAAGACUGGGAAGAUAAUCCAAUAGUAUUUUGUGACUGUUGUUACACACCUAUGCAUUCCUUUUGUACAGGCUCGAAAAACAUUAAAAACUAUAAUUUCGUAAGAAAAAUUUCAAGCAAAUCUGAAUUAAAUAACUCAGAAGAGGCUAUAAACGAGAAUAUUAACAAUGUCAAUAAUAAUAAUGGCAGUACUUAUAUGGGUAAUCAUAACAGUAGUAACUUUAGUGCAUUGGGAAGUAGUACCAAUAAUAAUAAUAAUAAAAACAUCUCAUCUAAUACCAAUAAGAAGAAGGUUUCAAAAAAGAUCAACAUUAAUAUUAUUAAUUCGUUAUUAUCUGAUAAUUAUAUUAGCGUAAAUUCCCCGUAUAGCAUUUUUAACUCCAUAAUAAAAGGAGUAAGUAAUGACAGUAAAUUGUUUGACAACGAAAAGUCAAAUGAAAUGAAGUAUCAGUGGAAAUGUGAGCUAUUAGGAGAUAACAAUAGAGUACCAGACAUUGCUAAUGUAAACAUUAGAUGUGAUGGUAGUAAUAACGAUGGUAGUAGUAAUGUUACCCCCCUGUACAACGGUAAUGUGGAAAGCGAAGGAGAAACGACGAAGGAAGGUUACCUGAGAAAUAAAAAGUACGAACAGAACAAAAAUGCGGAUAAGUUCCAUAACCCAUAUACGAAUGAAGAAAAUAAAAGCAGUGAACUAAAAGUUGAAAAAUUAGUACAUGUAAAAAAUGAACAUGAGGAAGAAGAAGAACAAGAAGAACAAGAAGGACAAGGAGAACAAGAACAGCAACAACAACAACAACAACAACAACAACAACAUGAACAGCAGCAUGAACAGAAUGAAGAAUCGUAUUACAAGGACAUACGAAGCAAUAGUACCGAUAACAUGAUGAACAACAAAGGGGAUGAAGAGGAAAAAAACCCCUCUGCACAUGUGCAAAACAAUGUAAACAAUAAUGGCAUAAUUAAUAUAGAUAAAAUAAAAAUAGAUAAUGAAGAAAAUAAUAAUACAGAAAAUACAAAAAAUACAGAUGAAGAACAGUGGAUUUGCCCCUUGUGCUCAUAUUUAAGAAAUCAAAUUUUAUUUAUUGAAGAUUCCACGGCUUUUAAAAUUAUUAGACAGUUAAGUGGUCCGAGAAAAAAAAAAGAUAUUGAUUUUUUAAUAAAAUCUUGUAAUAAUAAUGAGCUCAAUGGAAAUUUUUUAAACGACGUUAAGAAUGAAUUAAUGUAUUACACACCCCCAGAAGAGAUUAUCAUCAAUGGAACUACCAUUAGCAGUAGUGGUAGUGGUUGUAGUAAUAUUGCUAAUCAUAAUAAUAGUAAUGCUUUUUGCGAUGCAUCCAAAUUCUUCUAUAAAUAUAAGUCCAUUUUGCUUCUGUUUGAUGUAAAUGUGGACAUUGCAUAUUAUAAGGAAAAACAUAAUGUCGAUAUUAAAGAUACACACGAUUUUUUUGAAAAUAUAAUUCUUAAAAAUGCUGAUAAGUUUAAAUAUAAAAUUUUUUUCAAUUCUAUUGUUGUUACAAAAAAUACCAAUUCUAAUGAUGAAAAGAAUGACAACAAAUUUAUCAUUGAUAACUUGAAGAUAUUUCGUCAAGAAUCCUUUUGCAUUAAUGAGAAUUUAGAAGAGAGUGAUAUGGAAGAAGAACUAGAAAAGGAAAAAGAAGAAAAAAGUCGUAGAGGUAGAAGAGAUAAGCAAAAGUUAUAUCAAGGAAGAAUGGCCAAAAGAGAAUUAAAAAGAAGAAAUAAAUUAAGAGCAAAAAAAGCGCAUGGAGGAGUAGGCAUUCAGAAGAAUAACAUGAAUAGCAAGGAUUCUAAUAAUGCUAAUGUUGUUGUAAGAAAAAGAGGUAGACCACUUGGAAGCACAAAACUUAAUAAGAUUAAAUUACUUAGUAGUAUGGCAGGAAAGAAUAACACAAAAAAUGAAAAAAUAUGUAACUCGUCAUUAUUUAAUAACGACAGUAGCGUGAAUAAACACAUGAACGCAAAUGCUGGAACCAUCAAUAACAUGUACAGCAACAGCGGUAACAGUUGUGCGGUUAAAAGCGAAGUUAGUGGUUUUAUGUGCAAUAAUAAGGAAGAGAUAGAUAACAAAUUAAACAUACGCGCAUACGAUAACAUCAUGACGCGCAAUAGCUCUGACCAUUUCAUUAAUAAUAAUAAUAAUAAUAACAAUAAUAACAAUAAUAACAAUAGUUACAAUAGUUACAAUAAUAAUAGUAAUUGCAAUUAUAAUGAUCAUAGUAGCAUGUGUAACGUUUUUCUUAAGGACAGAUCUUCCUUUUUUCAGAACGAAUUAGAAGACAACCAUAAUAAUAGCCUACUUUUAAAAUAUAAUUAUAAUAAAAAUUUUUCUUUUGUUCUUAAAAUACCUGUAUGCUGCAUAUGUGAAUUCGAUUCGUUCUAUUUAGGAGGAGGCCCUAUCAAAAGAACGAAGAAGAAAAAUCAGUGGUGCCAUAUUCGUUGUGCAUUAAUAAGUAACUGUGUUAUCAAUGACAAAAUAGAAAUAAAUAAUAAAGACAAAACGAAAUAUAAAUGCUCCUUAUGUUUACGAACAAAUAAUACAGGAAUAAUAAAAUGUAACAUAGCAGACUGUUAUAAAUAUUAUCAUAUAUCUUGUGCUACGUCAUCCAAUAAAUAUUUAAUAGAAUUAAAUGAUUCGAACAAACUAGUAUUAUUUUGUUCUAGCCAUUCACAAAGAAAAGCUCCAACCGAAAUUUUAAGAAAAUAUCAAAUUCUUAGAGAAAAAGAAUUUAAUAAAAAUAAAUUAGAAGACAAAUUGAAUAUGUCUAAACUAUUUGAUGCAUAUGUUUUACAGUCCUAUUUAAAAAUAAGUGAUUUGAAAUUAUUUAAUUUAUUAUCCCUUUCAUCCCAAUCCAUAUUUGACAAAUUCGUUUAUUUUAAUUAUGAUAAAUAUAAUGAAAAAGCUAGAAUUAAUAACAAUUUGGCUGUUUCUGAAGAAUUUAAUGACUUCACUCAGAAUUUUGAUCAUGUGUUAUUCAAACAACCAAAUGAUAUUUUUUCCAAUAUGGUGGAAAUUAACAAAGUGAAGAAAAAAUAUUCAAUAGAAAUCGGUGGUACCACCUCUAUUGGGGGAGAUAAUAUUAUAUUGGACUCCCAAGAAACAAGCAAAAAUGUUACUAGUGUAGGUGAAAUUGAAAAAGAGGAAAGUGUAGCACGUGUGGAGGUGGAAGUACAUAAAGAGAAAGAAGUACAUAAAGAAAAGGAAGAAGUACAUAAAGAAAAGGAAGAAGUGCAUAAAGAAAAGGAAGAAGUACAUAAAGAAAAGGAAGAAGUACAUAAAGAAAAGGAAGAAGUGCAUAAAGAGAAGGAAGAAGUACAUAAAGAGAAGGAAGAAGUACAUAAAGAGAAGGAAGAAGUACAUAAAGAGAAGGAAGAAGUACAUAAAGAGAAGGAAGAAGUACAUGAUGAUGAAGAGUCUGACAGGGAAGCGGAAAAGCUGUUCCACGAACUCGAAGAAAGAAACAAGAAUAAAAACACACCAACAGAUCUAUUCGAUAUUGACAAAAUAAACAAAAUUAGCAACACAAAAUGUACCAAUAUAAUAAGUAUAAGUAGCUUUAAAAAUAUAUAUAAUGAAAAUUUAUUAGAUGAGGAUUCGUUACUAAAGUUACUAACAUAUGACUUCUUAAACAUGCAGAAGGAUUUACAAGAAUUUAACAGUAUUAUUUUAAGUGAUAAAUAUAAAAAGCUAAAAAAUUUUGAAAAUAUUUUAUUAUUAUAUCCUCACUUUAAUGAUUUCCAAUUAAGAAAAUUAUCUGAGCUUAUAUUAGAGAAGUACCAUGUAAAUAUUUGCAAAAUGGAAAACAAUGAUUCGUUUUUUUAUUUUUUUGUUAAGUUUCUAUCUCUUUUGAAUAAUAAAAAUCUUAUGCUCUGUAGCGUGUGUUUAUCGAAAGCGAGUUACUCUGAGGGGGGAAAAGAAGAAAAAAAGGAAGGUGUCAAGAAUGAAGCAAUUUUAGUAAAUAGCCGCAAAGAUAGUAACAAUAACAGCAGCGCUAAUAUUAACAGUAAUACUAACAGCAACGGUAAUACUAGCAGCAACAGUAACGCUAAUUGCAGCAGUAACUGUAAUAACAACACGGCCCUCCUGAGAAGCAGCAAAUUAAGAAGCAGUGCGUACGGGAUGCAUAUAAAUGAAAAAGUAGAAAACAAAAAAGAAAGAAGACUUGGGUCCUUAAGCGUUUUAAAAAAAUGUUCCGUUUGUAAUGUAUUUAUAUGUUACUUCUGUUGUCAUAGAAUGAACUUAGAUAUAAUUAAAAAUUAUAUAAAUGAAGACACGAAAUUCAAGCAUAAUAAUAAUAAUAUCAGUAUUAGGAAAGUUGAAAAGGUAAAAAACCCUUUGCGCACAAACAGGGUAGGAAGACCAAGUAAAAACAAACCUAAAUUGGAUGCACAGCAAGUAGGUCAAGCAAAUGGAGUAAUACAACCAAACGGGGGAAAGCAGCCAAAUGAAGAAGAAGCCCAAUUUGUUGUUAGCCCUGAUCCAUCCAUGAAUGAAAAGGAUAAUAAAGUUAAUUUGUCCGAUGCUAACAAUAACAGUAGUAAUAAUAAUGCUGAAUUCUAUGUUGACAAAAUGCAAAAUAUGAAUGAUCCAAAUGAUAAAGAUAAGUCGAAAGAUGCACAAAGUCAAGGGGAAAACAAAGAUGCUACCCACUUCACUGAAAAAGAUAUCAACAAGGAGGACGUUAAUGGUAGCGUCAGCAUAAUUCAUAAUACCAGGAUAAAUGACAAGAACACUACAGAGGAUAAUAAUAAGAGUGACAGUAACGACAACCACAAUAGAAAUAGCAGUAACAGUAUUAGUAACAGUAAUAGUAACAGUAAUAGUAACAAUAACCAUAAAGCGCAGGGCGAAAACGUAGACAACAACGACUAUGUGUAUGAAAGGGGAGCAGAUACGAGAAAGAUGGUGGAUGUGCACAAUGAAACGUGUGAUAUGCAUAUUAAAGAUGCGCAUAUAGAAACCACCACAGAUAUACCAAAUAAGAAUAAAGAAGGUAUAAAUGAAAAUUCUCCUACGAGAAAAGAAAACGUAGUUAAUGUAAAUGAUGCAGAAGGUAUAUAUACAAGAAGUACGAAAGCGCACAAUAAUUUAAGUAGUAGUAACCUUAUUAACAAGAACGAAAAUGAAAACGAUUUCGUAUGUCCUAGGUGUAAAUAUUUUAAGGUAAAGAAAAAAAUAGGUUUCUGUUCGUACUGCCCUAGAUUAGAUGGAUUUUUAAAUUGUUUUGAAGAUAAGGCAAAAAAAGAAUUAUUAUUUGUUCAUCCAAAAUGUCUAGAAUACGUAAAUACAGUAUAUUCUAAAAAAAACAAUAUUAAUGAAAUAAAAACAGGCUGUAAUAAAAAAGUGUGUAGUUAUUGUAGAAUUAAACAUGGUAUUGUUAUAACUUGUAGUAAUACAGAUUGUGAUGUGUCUUUUCAUAUUUCAUGUGGAAUAUUAUUAGGAUGUAAGAUGGAUAACUUUUUUGGUAGAGUCGAUAUUUAUAAUCCUAAGAAAGCAUAUUGUUUUAAGCAUACAUUCCAAUAUUGUAAAAAAAACACAAUAGUGAAUUUUAUUAAUACGAAUAAAUUAUUUUUUUUUGAAAAUUUUUUAUAUUUCCCGUUCAAUCAUUUGUAUAAUUUUCUUUUGGGUACAUAUGUCUUCAAUUAUUUAAAUAAAAAAUGCAUAAACCAUUUAAUGAAACCGAUAAAAAUAGAAGAGCAUCCAUCCAUUAAUACCAUUUUUGAAAAAACACAACUGAAUGUUAUGAAGAGAAAUGCAAAUAUGUCAUCCAAUGAUUUUAGAAAAGUGCACAGAAAGAAAAUAUGUUUAAGUAACGACAAUGAUGACGGGCAUUAUAUAGAUAUAACAUUUAACAACGAUACCUCUAUUCAUAAAGACUUGAAAUUCUUAAUAGAUGAACAUUCAAGAACACCAUCUAAUACUCUAACAAAUAUACAGGACGAUGUUAAAAAUGAGAGCAAUUUCUCCAGCUAUGUAAAUAAAGCAAAUAAUGAUAGUAACAACAACAAUAACAACAACAACAAUAAUAAUAACAAUAAUAGUAAUAACAAUAAUAGUAAUAAUAAUAAUAACACUACUACUACUACUACUGCUACUACUACUACUACUACUACUACUACUAAUAAUAAUAAUAAUAAUAACAAUAUUAAUAAUAAUAAUAAUAAUAAUAAUAAUAAUAAUAAUAAUAUUAAUAUUAAUAAUAAUAAUAAUAAUAAUAAUAAUAAUAAUAAUAAUAAUAAUAAUAAUAAUAAUAAUAUUAAUAAUAAUAUUAAUAAUAGUAAUAGUAAUAGUAAUAAUAUUAAUAGUAAUAGUAAUGAUAUUAAUUGUAAUAGUAAUAUUCUAAUAUCAAAUAAAAAUAACAACAUACAUUUAGAAUCAGACUAUUCUAAUAACCUACUUAUGACCCCACCAAUAAACGCAAGAUUUAAAAACGACGUUAUUUUUAUUGAUGACAAUGUGACUGAAAGUGCUGUGUCUGUAUUAUCAGAAAAUGAAACAGAAGAACUUCGAUCUUUUCAAAAUGUUUCAUUUUUUAAUUCUAAAGGGUAUGCACACAUAAACAAUAUUGUUAAUAAUAGCUACAUGCAAUAUAUGAGGAAAAUUCCUGACAGUCCGAAUGGUAUUAUACCAUUCUUUAACUAUAAUGGUAAUAACAACAUGAUGGCGAACAAUAGCAUGACAAGUAACAACAUGCCAGCAAGUAACAACUUGUAUAACUAUUCUAACACAAAAUAUGAAGAUAGUAAAAAUACGAAAAAUGCGUUUGCUCAUAUAAAUGAUAAGUAUAACCAUUUAGAAAAAAAGAGAAAGAAAUAUGUGCUGCAAACCAAUAAUAAUAAUAUUGACGGAGUGAGAAAAAGUAGUCAAAACGAUGUUAACACAAAUAUCAAAUGGGACAAUAGUAGUAAUAACAACACAGAGAUAAAAAUAGAUGGUAGGAAAAAAAGAAGAUAUAGAAAAAAUAAAAAUAGUAACACUAGUAACAAUACUAACAAGGUGGGAGGUGAUUCAAAUUUAAGCACUUUUAAUAACGUACAUAAUAACGAACAGGCUGCAUUUGCUCAUUCAAAUAAUAAUAUUGCAAGUACAGACAAACGACAUCAUUUUGAUGAUAGUGCGAAUAAUACCAACGUUUUCAACGGCUUAAUCAAAAAGGAUAAAAUUGAAAUAGAAAAAUUGGAAAAUACUGAAGGUGAGCAUGUAAAAAUGGAUGCAAAUUUAAUAAAAGAAGUAAAAUCAAAUAUAAAAAAAGAUGAAGAAAUUAAGGAAGAACAAAUAUUUUGCCCUGUAUGUAAAUGUUUUUACGAAGAAUUAAGUGAUGGUUCACCAGCUGAUGGGUUAAAUUGGAUUGGUUGUGAUAAAUGUGAAAAAUGGUAUCACUGGAUUUGCUGUAAAUAUUCUAUUGACAAUCCCCCUGAUAUGGAUAACGACUGGUAUUGUAGCACUUGCUUAAAUAGUUAA